GAAUGCAACACCCCUCACCAACACACAUAGCCAAUCCAAACAUGUACCCAGCUGUUCCUAUAGGCUCUCAACAGCCCCCACCUCAGCCACCUCCAGGCACAUUUGCUCCCGCAUUUGUUAGUCCGGUUGUUAGCUACACUGUCCCCCAUGGGCCGCCGCCACCACCCCCGCCUUAUCAGAUGACAGCCCCUCCACCGGCUCCCGUACCAGCACCACUGCCACCACAGCCGCUGCAACCUCAGCAACCACAGUUUCCAGUCACAUCCCAAGCUCAGAUGUAUGGCGGUAUUACAUACUAUUCUCCUGAGAUGCAGCAACACUCUAUAAAAAGAACACCUCCAAGACGACCACCAAACCCUAUUCCUAUACAACCACCACCAGAGAACACGAAAGUGAGAGUGGAUGGUCAGAAUCUACCUGCUCAGCUCCUAGAGUCUGGGGAACUGCAACAAAUGCAAUAUAUCCAGGUGCACGAACAACAUGAAUUACAGCAACACGACCAGUAUGUAGAAGAGAAACAGGAAGAGGGAAGCCAGGUGCAUGUACAGAGUACAGAGAUUACAGAUACACAACAGACCAGUGUAGUGCAAGUGGUUGAUGGUGAUAAUGAUGAUGAUGAUAACAAAAUGAAGAAUGAUAUUGAUAAUGAACUUAAAAGUCAGAAACAAGUCGUGGUUGAGAAGGAGGAAGUGAAUGAGCCACAUCAGAUUUCAGAGGAAACAUCUACAGCAACGAAAGAUACAACAAAUGAAACAACAGCUUGUGUCUCAGUAAAUUGAGUGUAGAAAACGAAUAUAUAAUUUGGGAAACUGCCUGAAAAAAAGGAUCUUUUUGAAAAGGUGUUAAGUUUAUGUGGAAGUUGUAAUCUGUGUUGGUGUCUCCCCAAAGUUUCUUCGCAGCUCCACCACUUUAAGGGGAAAAGACUUGUGGCAAUUUAGUUUCAAUAGCACAUUAUUAAUACAGCAGGGAAGGUUUAACCUCUUCCUGUUGGCACUGCAUAAUGAAAAUUAGUGUACUAAUACACUAGGAAAGAUUAGUUGUGCUUACUUAUUUUAGUCAAAUGAGGGAAAUUUGUGCCUUCAAUUACAUUUUAUUACAGAUACUGAAUACAUAGCUGUAAAAAAAUUAUGUUCCUUUUGAAUAAUAACUUACGGAACUCCCUUUUUUUAUUUUAGUUUUUAUUUUAGUUUAUUAAAAUGAAAGUUAAAAAGGUGA